AUGUGGUUCUUUGCAGCCAUCUUCUUAGCUUUGCUCGUUCUCUGCAAUGGGGUGAACGCAUUCUCGGAGCCUGGUGCGUAUGAGCGCCUGUUCUUCUAUUACGCCUAUCUAGUCGACACCCAGGGCGGCACAAAGCCCGCCAACAAGAUCGCGACUGGCUGUGCCAAACUCUCUGGUACCAGAAAUCCUGCCUGCUCAUUCAACGAAUUCAUCAAAUACAUUUCGCCCGAUAACAAAGCCAUCUCUGACGUUACGAGGAAUACUGCUCCCAAUGUCGAUACCACAGCCCACCUCUUAAUUGAAAAGGGUAUUACGGGACAAUACGAGGCGGGCCGGAUCCGCUCAGAUGUGCCUCAAGGGAUGCGUGGCGCCACGGCCGUCGCAUUUGCGAUGGAAGGCGUCAGCAACUUUCUGCAGGGCCAAGCGAACUUGAACGACUACAAGACCGAGCUGCAAGAAAGUGCCAAUGGCAUCACCAGAGGCCGUCAAAACGCUUCCAUCGACCAAGUUGCCGAACACAUGAGAAAGAAAGGAUGGCAGCUCGUGACACGCCAAGAGCAAAUUUAUCAGGGCUCCACGAUGACUGCAGCAAUUUGGGACCUUCGUCAGACUGCGACUGAAAAUGGCAAGAGUAUCGAGGAGACUCAGGAAAUGAUUCGAAAUGCGAAGUCAGAAGUAGCCGACGAAAACCAUUUGAACAUCGCCAAGCUGGCUAAGAAGGCGGCAGCAACCCUUGCAGAGGAUUGGGUCACGGUAGCCAAAUGCUCCAAGCCGUAG